GCGGGUCCGCAGGGCUGGGGUGGGCUUGGCCGACUCAACCAUGUUGCCAUUGCGGUGCCAGAUCUGGAUGCCGCGUGCGCCAUGUACCGCGAUGUGCUCGGGGCGCAAGUCUCGCAGCCGGAGCCGCAGGAGGAGCACGGCGUGUACACGGUCUUUGUCGAGAUGCCCGGCGAGGGCGCCAAGGUCGAGCUCAUUCAUCCGCUCGGCGACGCCUCGCCCAUCGCCAACUUUCUGGACCGCAACCCGUCCGGGGGCAUCCACCACAUCUGCUUCGAAGUCGAUGCCAUUGACGCCGCCAUGGCCGACGUCCGCGCCAAGGGCAUCCGCACCCUCUCCGAGCACUCGAAGAUCGGCGCCCACGGCAAGCCGGUCGUCUUCCUCCAUCCCAAGGACUGCGGCGGCAUCCUUGUCGAGCUCGAGGAGGCUUAGUCGACGCCAG